AUGGAUGCCAUCGCAACGUACAUCGACUGGUACACCUACUGUGCGCGCACGAGUGAGCACACGAUGGCAACACUGCGUGAUUUGAAGCACAAGGCCGAGAGCAGGGAUUUGGAGUUCUCUUCUGCGCUAUCUGCUGACUUACCUUUCCUACGCGGCGCACUUAACAUCGCCCCUGGUUGCACGGGGCGCACCAUCGACACAAUCCACGUGCACAAUGGGUUGGCAAUACCUGCCGCUGUUGAUGCGGCGUUCAGCAGGCUACCUCAUCACCUGUGCAUGAGCUCCUUUCUUGCUCUGCCUUUCCUGCCACUUUGUGGUGCACCGGCUCUCUCCCUCUCACGACGUGUCUCCCUCGACUUCUGGUGCUCUGUUCUGUGGACCGAGCUGGGCCCUCACGCCCUCCCUCGUUUGGAUACCAUGCCGGCGUUUGCGCCCUCAAGCGCUUACGCCGCGCCUCUCUGGACGGGCCCUCAAGCCCAUUUCUUUGCAGUAAGCGAAGAACUUCAGUCCAAACGCCCUCGUGACGACGACUCUUCCUCUGUUUUCUCCCACCCUCCCAAGCGUGCCUCCUCUCCCGCCCCUGGUGCAGUGAUGGCGGAUCCGAUGCAAGCUGAGCCUGAGGUCCCGCCGCCGCGUCCUGUUGCCUCUCUUCCGCCACGAACCCCUCUGCCCCCUCGUGCGACUGGCGGUGUACGCGCGGCGGUGUCGUCUCCUGUGUUGGGUGCGACUGGCGCCCAGCAGGAAACCGAGUCUUCGGCAGACGCGCCGUUCCCUCCCCCCCCUCCGACAUCUGCCCCUGUCACCUCCGCUCCUGUCCCUGCUCCUGUUACCCGUGCUGCGGCCCUUCGUGCACGAAACGCCCUUCUGCGCCGCUAUACCGACGCUGUCCUUGAGACUGUCACCAGGGAUCCGGCGCUCACCGUCACCAUCCUGAUGGAAGAGAAGUUCGCUGCGGAAAAACUUCGGUCUGCGAUUCAUCUGGCGAUCAUGGCGAAAUUCCGUGACGAGCAAUUCCCCGGUGGCGUGAUUCCCCUCUACGAGACCUCGGCUGGCGAUCUGCUUAAGUUGCCUCGCGCCUCCUACGGGCGGCAGCUCUACGCCUGGCCGACCGCCGCCGAUGCUCGUGUCUUCCGUGACUCUUUUCCCAUGCGUGUUCGCCUCGCUGAUGGGCAGCAUGUUGAGCUUCGUGUUUUUCACGAGACGUCUCCUGGCUUCGCCUCUGCGAAAGCACAGGGUGCGACGACGAUCCUGGUUCGUAACCUCCCGGAUAACUGUGACAUCGCCCGUGUGCGUGAUAAGCUUCUUUCUGGCAGGUCCGGCGGGCACAAGUGGCUGGCCACGCUGGAGCAUUUUCAUCGUGUCAAGAACCCGUUUACGGGUUUCGAUUGGCCUCAGUUCGCCGGAAUCGUCACGCCGGUCACUGGAGAUCCGGACUUCGCUUUCCUCCCUCCUGUCCUUCUUCCCCCUAACCCUCUCCUGGGCGACCCCAUGUAUGUGCACCUGUCGUGCCAUACCUGCGCCAUCUGCGCCAGCAACCAUCGCACCAUUGAUCACGAAGUCUUCGCGGUGUAUCGUGCUGGCAAAGCUCCCAACCCGUCCCAGCUGACGGUCCUGCAGCUUCAACAGCACAAUGGUACCGCCUCUCUCGCCCCGGUGUUUUUCUCCUUAUGUUGUGCCCCUCUUCUUCCAUUUCCGCUUUUCUGCCUCCGAAUGUUACGCCUCUGGUCUUUUGCUCGCCCCUCUAUUGCCUUGUCUGCUCUUUGUCCCCUCCCCCUCUUUAUGCACCUUCCGGCUCUGCUUGGCUGGAUGGCCGUCUACCCUGGGCGCUGGGCCCCGAACCUUGGUCAGACGCCGGCAAUCAUGGCCGUCCGUGCGGAUCCUGGACUCCUGCUCAUCGGCAUGGAGUACGCCGUGGAGCCCUGGACCUGCUCCCUCUGCGACUUCGUCUGUGGCCCAGCGUUGGAUAGCGCCCUGGACCAUCUCCGCUCGGCGGAGCACGUCUCCAAGCUCAACAGCCCGGAGGGCGUGGUGGUUCCCCGCCUCGCCCAAGGGAACCAGAAAGCGGCGCGACUGGUGCAGCACCCUACUGUCGCCGCCUUCCUGGCAUCUCAGGCCAUGGCCUCUGAGGAGUAG